UGAGUGGGUGCACGCCUGCUUUUUGGAUGUGAGAAUAUUUUUCAGUGUUCGGUUGCAGAUGGAUGUGACUCAUAUCAAGAAAGAAAGUACGUUGGAUUACAGUAUAGCAAAGAUUUCCCAACAAGAACAUGAGAAUGAUAAUGAACAGACACAAGAAGAGUAUAUUUUUGUGAAGCCAGAACUGGAAGAUUGCACGGCCGAGGAAUCGAGCAGUGCUCAGGAUCCUCUCAGUCUAGACACUGAAGAUGUACAGUUUGCGGAAACAGAGGAUUCAGGUCUGCAGCAGAAGAGCUUCGUUGAGGAAGUGAAGGAUGUGAAGUUGACAUUUGAAGAUGUAUCCAAUUCGAGAGCCCAGCACGUUGAGCUGUCACCAAAUGAUGUUGGCUUUUCGAGGACAGUAAAUACGGGAUACAAAGUACCAAAUGAAGAUUCUCCUUUUGCGAAAGGAGAACGUGAGGACCGUGCUGUGCUCCGUACGGUCGCAGUUGAGGAAGAGGGAAAUUCAGACCUGGAAGAGGAAGGCUCCGAGGAUGCAGAAAGCGAGGAGCAGAUGGUGACGUGCGACACGUGCCGGAAAGGGUUCCCCUCGAGGAAGGCGAUGGUAGGCCACACCUGCAAGGCAGCUGACGUGGUCGCCAGGGAGGGCACUGCGCUGCCGCCCAACGCGUGUGCCGCCUGUGGGGAAGUGCUGGCGACUGCGGAGCUGGCGCGCCGGCACCCGCGCUCGCAGGAGUGUCCGCACAACCGGCAGCUGCCUGGUGGCAGGGCCAGGGAUGUGUCCGAACCGGGGAAGUUCGCUUGUGACCAGUGCCCGGCGCGGUACGGUCGUCGCAGCCACCUACUGCGCCACCUGCGUGUCCAUAGUGGUGUCAAGCCCUUCUCCUGCUCUACCUGUGGUAAAGCGUUCCUGGACCCCAGCUCUCUCAAGGCACACGAAGCCACACACACGGAUGAAAGGCCAUACGUGUGCGGCCUGUGUGAGAAGCUGUUCCGGCAGUCGGCACAUCUGAGAGCACACCUGCGUACGCACACGGGAGAGCGGCCGUUCGCCUGUGAGGAGUGCGGAGCGGCGUUCGGAACUGUGGGUACACUGGCCAUCCACCGGCGGCAGCAUACGGGCGAUCGGCCGUACGCGUGCAGCGAAUGCCCGGCCGCCUUCACCACUGCCAGCAACCUGACGGUGCACCGGCGUACGCACACGGGCGAGCGACCGCACGCCUGCACGCACCCGGGCUGCGGGCGGGCCUUCAACACGGCGCACAACCUGCUGUCGCACACGCGUGCCGUGCACGCCGGCGAGCGGCCCCACGCUUGUCCGCAGCCCGGCUGCGGCCGCCGGUUUUCCCAGAUAAGCAAUCUGCGCUCCCACACCCGCGCCGUGCACGAGCACCUGCGGCCCUACGCCUGCGACCGCUGUCCCGCGUCGUACUCCUCCGCCAGCUACCUGCGCGCCCACCAGCGCUCGCACACCGGAGAGCGGCCUUACUCGUGCUCCUCGUGCGGUGCCGCCUUCGCCACGUCCGGGGGACUCCGCCAACACGAGCGCGUCCACUCGGGGGCGAGGCCGUUCGUGUGCCCGGACUGCGGUAAUGCGUACAAGCAGGCUGGCAGCUUGGCGGAGCACCGGCGCUCCCACACUGGGGACCGCCCACUCGUCUGUGGAAUCUGCUCGAAGACCUUCGCUGCUGCCAGUAACUUCAGGAAGCACCGCCUCAUGCACGAACGCAAUGGUGACUGUACUUGA